AGUCCCAAAACACCAAAACACCUCCUCCUUUCUCUCACACUCACUCACUCUUCUCAUCACAAAAAAUUCACACACCCACACAAUGGCUUCCACCAUUAAAAAAGUGAAUAUGAUUACUCAAAUUGUACGUCUCAAACAAGUUGUUAAGCGAUGGAAACAUAAAUCCCUUAAGCGCCGUGGCGUUUUAUCCUAUUCCUCAUCCGAUUCAGAUGAACCGGUUUUACCCGGUUCGAACCGCCGUCGUCGCACCCCUUCAGGAUCUUUAGCGGUUUACGUCGGUCCAGAACGAACCCGGUUCGUUAUACCAACCCGGUUCUUGAACCUCCCUGUAUUUAUAUCUCUACUUGAUAAAGCAGAGGAGGAGUUUGGGUAUCAAAGAACCGGCGGUUUAGUUUUGCCUUGUGAAGUGGACUACUUUUCGGAGAUAUUAAGGUUAUUGAACCGGGAUGAAGACCGGUUCGGUCAUUUGGGUUUAGAUGAGAUGAUGAAUGGUUUAGAUCAGUCUUGUAAAGAAGCUGCUUCACAAGGAUUUGCUCCUCUUUUGCAUAAUGCUAGAGUUUAAACCGGGCUUUUAAAAAACCGGUCCGGUUCGGUCAGUCUUGUAAAGAAGAUGCUUCACAAGGAUUUUCUCCUCUUUUGCAUAAUGCUAGAGUUUAAACCGGGUUUCACAAAACCCCGGUUCAGUUCGAUUCGGUUCAAUCCGGUUCGAUUCACUUGUUUGAAAGAGGAAGAUUUAGGGUUAGUUUUUUUUUUUUUUUGAAAUUUUAAAACCAUCCUAGAACUCAGAAUUUAAUUUUCUGAAGGUUUGCUGGGUUCCAAUGAGAUGUGGGUAAAUUUUUAAUUUUUUUUAAGGUUGUUAAUUAAUUAGUGGUAUUUUCCCCAGACAAAUUAAAUGUAUUUAUUUGUUCUGGUGGUGGUGACAGAGUCAGAAAGAGGUUGAUGAUUAUUGUUGUUAAUUAUGAGGAGGAAGUGAAGAGGAAAAAAAAAUAGUUUGAGAGUAAUUAAAUGUAAUUUUUAUAUUUUGACUAUGGAAUUUCAGAAAUUUUGGUGUUAUUUUUUUGGUUGAAUAUGAUUUUUCUGUUUGGAUUUGUUU